CUGAUCCAAGGGGUGGGGUCCAAGCUCUGUUGCUGGAAAGCGGGCUGGACUAGGAAGGGGAGAUUCUGGGAGCCGUCCCGCCCCGCAGAUCGCCCUUUACUGCUCGUUUUGGGAGACGGAGGUGCCCAGUCCUACGAGGCAUACCACUCCAUCGCUAGCAGGGUCUCAGAGCUGGCGGUGGCCAUCCGCGCCCGACUGAGUCAGGGUACCUGGGUUCUAGCCCCUUCACUUGCAUGGACGUGGCGUGAUCUUAGCCGCCUUUUUUUUUAUCGAGCCUCAGUUUCCCCUUCCGUAAAAUAGAGGAGGAUUGGAUCUGACGAGCGCUAAUAUUCCAGACAGUAAUGGGGUGCGGAGGGGGUGACGGGGACCUACACGUGACCUCCCGCGUGGGGCCCCGCCUAUCCCUGGUCCAGGGGAUGGAAGCGCCCAGCGAGGACGGGAGAGGGUGGGCGGAUCCUAAGAAAUCCGACCCGGCCGCCCUUGGCAGCAGCUAAGGCGGAGGGCGCGGCUCCGCGGCCGGCUAGCCCUGGCGACUGCACCGGAGGAGGAUGGCGACUGCAACCCGGGCUUCGCAGGUGGCUACCGUGGAGGCGAGGGCUGCGCAGAGAUUCGGCGUGUGACUAGGAACGCAGCGCACCUGGGGAGGAUGGACGAGGGGAUGGGAAACAGCUAACGGGGCUCUCUCUCCGCGCCGAGUCCGCGGAAGCGCACGUCGUGGAUCCUGAGCGGCUCCGUCGACAGCAGCGGCAGCGCCUAGCUCGUCUCAGGCCAUGAGGAGUGCUCGGGCCGCCUGGCCAGGGGACGCCGUCGGGGCUGGCUGUGUCCUGCUGCGCUGAGGGCGUGAGGCUGAGAGGGGCGCAGGCGGCCGGGCUGCGCCGGAGAGCAGCGCCAUGACGAAGGAGGAGUGCAAGGCACUACUGGACGCGCUCAAUAAGGCGACUGCGUGCUACCACCACCUGGUGCUGACCAUCGGCGGCUCCGCGGACUCGCAGAACCUGCGAGAGGAGCUGCAGAAGACGCGCCAGAAGGCGCAAGAGCUGGCGGUGGCCAUCCGCGCCCGACUGACAGCUCCGCUGCGCGACCGGGGCCUGGGCGCCGAGGAACGCGCCGAGUUCGAGCGCCUCUGGGUGGCUUUCUCCGGCUGCCUGGACCUGCUGGAAGCGGACAUGCGGCGUGCGCUGACCUUGAGCACCGAGUUUCCGCUGCAUGCGCCGCGGCGGCCGCUCGUGCGUACCGGGGUGGAAGGCGGCGCCGCGAGCGUAGCGGCGCGCGCCCUGAGCGCCCGCAGCCUGCGGCACGAGGCAGAGCGCGGCUUCGACGUGGAAGACCUUCACCAGCUGGAACGGGAGAUCCUUCAGGUGGGCGAGAUGAUCCAGGAUAUGGAGAUGAAGGUCAACGUGCCCCGCUGGACGGUGCAGGCCCGGCAGGCGGCAGGCGCCGAGCUCCUGGCCAGCGCCAGCGCCGGCGUCUCCUCGUUGCGCGGUGUGGCCGUAGAACAGCGCACGGGGCCCUGCGACCUGAGCAAGGCCCUGGCCGCCACCAUCUUCAGCGCCGUGCUGCUGGCGGCUGUGGCCUUGGCCGUGUGUGUGGCGAAGCUGAGCUGACCCGUACGCGAACGACCUCCGCCGCCACUACUCGCUACCCGGGGACACCCCUCGGAGAACAUCUGCAACCGCCAGGACUAGGGAUGGGAGUGGGAUCUGGCAUGUUUAAGGGGAGCGGUUCUAAAACCCUGCGUGUGUACGUGUAUGUUUAUACGCGCGUUUCAAGCACACAUCUGCCUGGGCAGAGCAUGGCUUCCUCUUGAUGGCCCGGGAGGAGUUAAUUUUGCGCGGGCCACCGGGUCAUUACCGCUAAUGUAUGCAGGAGCUUUAUACCCUAUUAAUAGAAAACCGUUCGUAGUGACCCGAGAUUCCUCCGAGUUAAUAGGUUACCGCCUGUGCUGCGGGGGCGUGUUUACACUGAGUCUGAGCUUGGUGUCCCCACUCCUGCCGGUGAGUCCCAUUCUCCAGGUGGGGCAGUUUGGAAAGAGGGUGAGGUGAAAUGAAGUGUGUUUUGGCCUGUGUGUGUGUCUUGGUUUUGUUUCCUAGACAAGAAAACAAAUUGCAAUAAGAGGUAAGCAGUUUUUAUUACCUUAAUCCUUUGGGGCCUAAGCUUAGGAGAGUGUGCACAUAGAAGUUCAUGCAACGUGCUUUCUUUUAGCACACGAUUACACACUUCUGCACACCCUUGCCUAUUGAAAAGGGCUCUGCCCAGUCAGCCUGGAAGGGGUGCAAGCUUUAGGAAGGGCCACCGGCUAUCUAAACAGGCACUUUCUCCUUGGUUGGGGCUUAUUUUUGUUCCAGAACUAGACUAGAGUUUUUUAUCCUCCUUUGGGGGAGGGCUGGGGAAUCCUCUUUGGAGCCCUUAAUCCUGUCUAUCCCUUGGAAUUUGCUUGCUGGCCAGUAGGAGAGCUGGCUUUGGAGGGAGCUGCACAGCUCCCUGACCUGGACGCUGACCCCUGAGAGGGUCAAGUGGCAUCACUGGGCACAGAGGUCUUGAGCCAAUUAGCCCUGAGACUGGGUUAGAACCUAACAGCUUUAACUUCAAAUUUAAGGAGAUUAAAAAAAAAAAAAUCAUUUGUUAGAAAAAUCCUGUAGCCACAUUGUGUACUGUCAAAACUGUUUUUUUUAAUAAAGGACAUUUGGCCACGAA